AGUUCGAUUGAUAGAUCCCUUUUUUCGGUGUCAAAAUCAAAAUCAGAUUCAGAUUCAGAUUCAGAUUCAGAGCAAUAGCGAAGGAAUUCUGGAUCGGAUCGAAGGAAGAUGGGGGCUUUGUGCAAGGUUGUGGACGCGGCACUGUUGGUGUUCUUCGCGGUGGUGGCGGUGGUGGCCCCAUUAAUCGACGGCCAAACGUGCCUUCCGGUGGAUUACUUUCCGCCAUUUGUGGUGGAGCUCAAGAGGUGGUACGCCCAUGAGUAUGGCGACUAUUUGGUCUCCGAGAAGCCGCAUUUCUUCGUAGGGCUUGUUUGGCUGGAACUCCUCUUCCAGUGGCCUCUUGCACUUCUCUCUGUUUAUGCCAUCGCCGCCGGCAAGCCAUGGUUCGCCACCACCUCUUUGAUGUACGGCGCCUCCACUGUAACAUCCAUGGUGGCCAUACUAACAGAGCUCUCCUUGUCCAACCGAGCCUCCGAUAAGCUCUUACAAAUGUACUUCCCGUUUCUUGGGUUCGCCAUUGUAGCGUUGCUACGUGGUCUGCUGUCAUUGUCGUCCCCUUGUUCGGACAAGAACAUCAUCAUCGGCAAAAGACCUGCGGUUCUUAGCAGAAAGAAGAGGGCUUAAUUGAAACAAUAUAUAUAUAUAUAUAUAUGUAUGUGUGUGUGUGUGUGUGUGUGGUGCUAGCUUUUCUUGUUUCUUUCAUUUCUUGUUUUUAUUUUUUGGCAGUGUGACUAAAAACAACAGCAGCAGCUCUUCUGGCAGCAAAAUCCCAGAAUAAAGCUGCCUGUUAUUUCUUCUUUCCAAUAACAGUGAGUCGUUCAUUACAUUCUUAGUUAUUACGGAAAUCAAAUAGUAAGUCCCCUUUUUUUCUUUGUUUUUUCUUAUUACACACAGAUUCUAGCUUCCUUCCUUGACUACAUUCUUGAUUUCAUGACAACGCUGCCAUCAGUGGUCACAUCGUUUGCUCCUGUCCUCGUCCAUGUCUCCUGGAAUUGCUCCUCGGUCACCCCUGCAAGAAAGAAAUGAAAUGAAAUGGAAUGGAAUGGAAGGAAAUACAAUAUAAUUAAUUGUAUUGAUGGAUUUGCCUUUUCCCAUGGCGGCAGUGGAAGUGAUCCCUCCCUGGACAGUCCUAAGAACUCUGUCGUAGUAGUUGGCGCCCGACCAUUUCUGAUGAGCCAAUGUAUCCACCCCAU